AGUACGUCGUGCUUGUUGCUACGGAGGACGCAUGCCCCACGCGUGCGUGAGUCACCCACCGCGACUGCCGCAUACAAUUGCAUUGCACGUUACGGACCGACAGGAACGGCGCAGUGAGAAGGCGAGAAGUGGGGUCAAAAAACAGCCAGGCAGACACUGAUGCGCCAGAGCUGCGUUCGCGAGGAGCUAAAUCAGCUGAUAGCCACAACAGACGAGGGGCGGCCGAGGAAAAGGGUAGAAUUCGCAGGUCCAGAGCCACAGGGGCGACCGCAGCAAAAAUGUGGCAGAAUUUGGAGCCGGGCAGUUCGCCCAUCGACUGGUGCGAAAACAACUAUAAAUUCAGUCCUGUGAUUGCUGAAUUCACCAACACGUUUAGCAACAUAUUGUUCUUCCUAAUGCCACCAGUGCUUAUCCACUUAUUCCGUGAAUACGGCCGAUUUGCUAACCCCGGAAUCCACGUGAUCUGGAUUUUGCUGAUGGUGGUGGGACUAUGCUCAGCCUACUUCCAUGCGACCCUCAGCUUUAUCGGCCAGCUCCUGGACGAAUUGGCCAUCCUGUGGGUGUUGGCCGCCGCUCUCGCCAUGUUUUUCCCAAGGCGUCACUUCCCCGGCAUUUUCAAAAAUGACAGGCGCAAGUUUGGUUACACGAUCAUAUCUUUGGCGGUUGUGGCCACUGGACUGGCAUUUUUGUACCCCUUUGCCAACGCUUUCGCUUUGAUGGGAUUCAGCAUUUUGGUCGUUGUUCUGCUCGCCACUGAGUUGCGGAGGAAUGUUGACCAGCGGGUGCAACGCUUGGGCAACCGAUGCGCGAUUGCCUGGGUCGUGGCGACCGUUUUGUGGACCACGGAUCGCAUGUUCUGUUCUACUUGGCUCUCCCUUGAUUUUCCCUAUCUGCACGCCCUCUUCCACAUCUGCAUUUUCAUCGUCUCCUACACGGCCUGCGUUCUAUUCGCCUUCUUUGCCGUCAAAGACGAAAGACCCGAUCUCUGCCCCACCCUCAAGUAUUGGCCCCGGGACCACUUUGAGCUCGGCGUCCCUUACAUCACGGUUAAGAACGGUAGCCAUCAGAUUUAGUUGCAAGACGUCGACGCGGCGUCAAAUGUGUAAAACAGGGCUACCAGUCUCAGGAUAAAAUCGCGAUGGAGAUACGCCCUGAACAGAGAUAAAUCUCAACUAUUUUAUAGCUUUAAGGACGCAAGAGUCAAGCAAACAAGUUGGCUUUUGUUGGUUUGAACUGCCAGACACACAGGAUUGCAAUUAUUGCCAAAAAAAAGACCAGCAGAAAAAUAGCUCAAGCGUUAAAUUGUUACUUAGAUGCCACUAAAUCUAGCAUAUUUUAGAUUCUGAAAAUUUGUAUCAAAAUGUUGCUUUGAUCUGAAAAUAUGAGCAGUAUUUUUAGCAAGUUUAUAUGCCAUUUAGACAUGUAUUUGUAAUGAACUUCAAUUACCAAAGUAGUGAUAGAUGUGAUAUUGUCAAGAGCAUGAAUAGUUGACUAGCAAAUGAUGCUAUUUGUUUGCUUUCUAUAUAAUAUGUGAUUACCAAGUGAAACAAAAUUUACGUGAUUGUCGAGCAAGCUAUGCUGUAUAAAAAUUUAGAAACGUCAACCUUGCACAAUUGUUAAAUAAAUAAUUACAAAUUUUAUUAAAAUGACACAAUAGACAAACUUUAGAAUAUUUAAUCUAUUUAAGAAAGUUACAGUAUAAACAGAAAGCAAGUGCAUUUAUUUUUAACUUCCUUUCGUGUGGCUGCUUUAAAAAGAGAACAAUUUUGUUUUAAGAGUGAUAUGAAAGAUUUACUAUGCUGUAUGUAAUUUUGUGUUGCUAACUUAUCAUGAGCUGUGUUUGAAAACUUUGCUACUUUGAUAUAUCUAUUUUACAACAUUAUACCAGCUAAAUAUGCUCCAAAAUAAAAACAGCUAGAAAAUAAAGCAUUUAAA